AUGGAUGAGCCGAGCCUCGACGAUCUACUGAAAGGUUUGAGCGACUCAGCAUUGACCAUUAAAAAUUUCGUGGACGACAAUGAGGACCUGCAUCACAUUCAGAGAUCGAAUAAGGAGCUGCAACAAGCCAAGCAAACCAGGGUGGCGAAUUCCCUACAUAAGGUACGAAAGCAUGCAAAUGCUCUUUUUCGUGCGAUUGCUUGUGGUUGGAGUCGGCAAUGUCAUGAGAGACACCGAGCCAUGCUUCGUCUAGAGCCUCGAUGUCAGGAAGCAUACCACGCCCUGCAGUCACCGUCGGGAGUUGUACUCAUGUUCUUCGCAAUACGGCGUAAGUGGGAGCUCCGCUCGGAGAUAGCCGCACACAGGCGAAAACUAGAUAUGUUUGAAGGGCAACGACUUCCGCAGAAAAGUCAGUCACCCGGUCAGCAGUUCCGGAUAUUGUUAUCACCUCUGGUGAAGUACCGUCCCCAGAAGGGCGAGCGGACUAUGAGCUUGGAUGUAGUCCUGGAAGAGCGGAGGCAACUGGAUCCGGAAGAUCGCAUCAAGCUUGCCGUAAAUUAG